CCAGAAUGUGAGUUAUCAAUAUGACUAUUAAAAUGUGAAAUAAAAGUGAUUUUGACUGAACUGUUUAGGAUACACAACUUUGAUAGUCUGCUUAAAUUUUGUUGAACUUUAUCAGUUAAUUGAAACUAAUUCCCACAAUAUUUAGCUGAAAUCAAUAAUGGAUUAUCUCGGAAUAUCUUUAGAACACAUUUCUUUGGAAGAUGUCAUUGAUGAAGAAACCAACACAUUAGGAAUAUCCCUUGAGGAAAUGGAAACCUCUUUAAAUGCUCAGGAUUUGUCAAAGCAUAUCUUUGAGUUUGAUGAUGAAUUUAUCUUCAGCCUAAAGGAGUCCGAUGAACCAUUGGCUGUUGUUAGUCCAGAGGAACACACACAGCCACUUCAUACAUCAACACCAAAGACACCCAUACAUACAAGUAAAACAGGAAAAGGCAGACCAGUUCGGAGGUUAUUAAAGCUUAAGAAAACAGGGGAAGUGCAACGUCUACAGCCAUGUAGGAGAUGAUGUUUUCAUAGCAAUGUAUCCCAGAGGAUUUCAACUGUAGAGUUGACUGGAUGUUGGAAAAGUUUGAAGAAUCCCCGAAUUGUUUUGGUUAUAUUACCAAACCUUUCAAGAUUUAGUUAGUAAUAUUCCCAAAAAUAUAUUUAACUCUGUCAAUAAAUGUGAGCUGGUUAAGCUCUGCGAUUAUGUUA